UUUGCAGCUGCGCUGUAUCGCGGGCAGAGAUGUCAUGUUUAUCAACACAGUAAUGAGGAUCGCAGCGAGUGUCAGAUAGCCAGCGGUCAAUAUCAAGCUGUCAUGUUUAAAUCUCUGUCUUUUAGCAACUGGCUUAGUGGCCCGGGGGAUAUAGAAACCCUGGGGCCCGAAGGAGAGACUAAACCGACCGCGGGACACCCGGGGAACGAGGAAGACACCAAAACUGAAAAACUGACGAACCAAACCAAAAGAAUCGGAAGUUACCUGUUCGGUGUUGCUGCGCUGGCUUCUAAGAAAGUGUCGGAAUCAGUGCUGGAGACGGCCCAGACCAUCCGCAAAUCCGUAGACCAGCAUCCCAUUAAUGGAAUCAUAGACAAGACAAUACUGGGGGAUUUCAAGAGGGAACAGGAGAGCUUUGUAAAGGAACAGCAGCAGAGAAAAGCAGAGACUGCAGUUCCACUCUGGGUUGGCUAUAGUGAUGAGGAGUCAAUGAAACAGCAGAUCCUGUCCUUAUCAUUGGACCGGCGGAAUUUCCUGCGCGACCCCCCCGCGGGGGUUCACUUCCAGUUUGAUUUCAGCCAGGCUGCUCCGGUCGCCAUGGUGACUCUGCAGGAAGAUGCAAUGCUGAGCCGCAUGCGUUUCGAGCUUGUGCCCAGACAUGUGAAGGAGGAGGUCUUCUGGAGGAACUAUUUCUACCGUGUGUCUCUGGUCAGGCAGUCUGCUCAGUUGUCCUCACUGGCCUCCCAGCACACAGAGAGACAGAGGGACACAGAGAGAGGCUCAGGAGACCACACACCCAGCACAGAUGCAACAGCAGCCCAGACUCCAGCUAUCUCUGUGAGAAACACAAGGCAGAUCCGUCCGCUGGUCAGUCUGGAUGAUGUGUCGGUCAGCCCCCCCAGCGGAGAGUUCAUCAGCGACUCCUUCAACACGUCCCUGUCCCCCCUCAACCAGGAGGACCUGCUCAGAGACAGGCAGCAGCUGGGCAUGGGCCAGAGAGAAAAGGACCCCGCUGUGGAGCAAGAGCAGGAUGAGAUCCCGGAGUGGGAGAGGGAGCUGCAGAGGGAGCUGCACGAGUUUGAGGUGGUGGAGCCGGGAGAGAGGGGGGCUGCCAGCGAGGCCUGGGAGAGAGAGAUUGAGGAGCUGCUGCUGGAGGACUUCUAGAGACCGGGAGGGAUGGUGGGAUACCAAGAAUCCACAGUGUACUGGGAUUUAGAAAUCACUCUCCCUGGGGAAAAAACAUCUUACAGAACCUUUUAUUUGUUUUCUGUUCAGGUUUACGAGUACAGGGCAGACAGGAAAACGUACAGUGUUGAUCAAAGUGUGAACUUUUACUUCAUGCAUGCAAUUCAAUGGGGGUAUCAGAAAAUACCAGUGUGCAAAUGAAAACUUUAAGGUUGCACCUCCCAGCCAAAGAAUGACUUUCAGGGGUCCACUCAGAAUGUGAAUGCAGAGUACUUCAAGUGUACACUGGUUUUGGAGCUAAUUCGGAGUUCAUUCCAGGGUUUAAAUGAUCCUUUAUACACGUUUGCCAUAGUAAAAGCAUAGCAAAGUGUAAUAAAGCACAGUGAAAGCAAGGUAAAGCAUUGGUAAACAUGGUAAAGAUCAGAGAGCAUGUUAAAAAAACGAUGGCAAACCAUACAAAUACAUAGUGUAAGCAUGGUGAAAAAGCAUGGGCAAAGUGCAAAAUGACCAUGCAGAUUUACAGUGGUACAUUUCUAUAAGGGGUUAUCUCCUGUUUGGGAGGCAGGUUUGUCACCCUUAAGAUUUCAGCACACUUCUGGAGAUUGUGAUGUAACUUGGCAGGGACUUUCUAUUGAGAGUUUCAGAAUCUGUCUGCAUGGAUAGGCGUCCUGGCAGCCGGUGAUGUAUUUGUCUGGCCUCUGAUUGAUUGGUUUGGGUAGCGAUUGGUUCUGAAUACCGUCCGAACCACUCAUCUGAAUGUUAUGCCGCCUCACAUGGAUAUUUGUUACAAGGACAUAUUCCACAUGCUGGAAAUGUUAAUCUGCGAUUUUGUGUUAAUGACAGUAUCCUGGGAAUCCAGUUUCAAAUGGUUUUGCUGAACCUCAGGCAUAUUCGCAUGGUGAUCUGCUUCUUUAUGCUACUCACAGCACUUACUGACAUACUCUCUGACUAAAUAUUCUUCCCAAACUCCGUGGACAUUCUUCACUAAAACCUAUGCCUUGUUACAAGUCUGGUUUGGACUGCGAUGCAUAGAGUAAUCGUUGCCUUUGCCCCAGCGUUUAUGUUAGGUGUCAUGACCAAUGCAGUAUAUCAGUCUAAGACACAAGCUACAAGCUGACAUAAUAAUACUUUCUAGUUUCUGAGCAAAUACCCAGGUAAGAUAACUGAGGUGAUAUCUAUCUGUAUUGCAGUAUGUAUCCAUGUCUAUAGAUGGACUGUGUAUUAUAGGUUUAACUGUGUAGUUUAUCAAUCCCCUAUUGUUUCUUAGUGACCAUUUUCUGCUUCCUUUGCAUAUUUUUGCUUUAAAUAAAUACUUUGUACUGUACCCUCUGUUUUAUAUAUAGCAAGGUCACAAACACUUUUUCUAUCUAUAGUCUCUGAAAAAUGCUGACUUGCGGGGGGAGGAGGGGGCGUUGUGCACUAGUAAUUUCCUCCCCUUUGAAACAGUGAGUGCAAAUCUUAAACUCACUGUUUCAGAGGGGAAGGAAAUGACAGGCGAACACACCAAGGGAACUCCUUUUAAUAACCCCUCUUGCUCAAAGACAGAACAUGUGACUUUAUUAGCGCCAAAUAUCUACGAGAAACCUUGAUUAAGGACAUAUUUCAUGGGAUAAUAAACAGAUGUAAUGUUGUGGAUAUUCCAAGGGUAUGAAGUAUUUCUUUAAAUGAUCUUGUUAUUGUGAGCAGGAUAGGUGUAAGAAGUACCAGUGCCUGCAUUUAGUGGUUAUGAAAAUCAGAAGGCGAACCGUCUUCAGUGUAUUUCUGUCUCUUAAACUAAUUACAAUGCCAGGGAGGAUCCAGAUCCAUUUAACUGACCCAAUUAUGUCCUAAAGCCCUGUUAAUCUAAUAGUAUUUUUUACAUAGUGGUCUCUAUGAUUACACCGAAGGGAGUUAUUUCAUAGAAGAUAAAAAAAUAGCUGCCCAUUCCAAGUUGAAGGUCCUUUCUUUCACAGGCUUGCAGCUGAUCAGUACAGUCAUAGACCUGAACAGUGGAACGGAGUGCAUAAAUGCUCUUGUCUGUGUAAGCUGUUCUGGCAACGUGUCUGGACAUUGUACUCCAGCCUGAAGUCUGUCUGUAUCAGCAGAACAAUCUUGAGUACAGUUAGCCACGAAAGUGAACACUGUAAAUUAAUAAGUAAUGUAGGUGAUGGCACCUGGUGCUAGCCAAUAUAUCUUCUGAUCUCCAAACAGGCUGGAGCGUUUCUGUGCACAAGUGAGUGUAUAUUGUUACAGCAAGGUUUUCAUUUCAUGUUUGUAUUACAUAGGUGUUACCAUUUUGCAUGAUCAAUGUCCUGUAUAUUAGAAUAUUGUUAGUGUUUCUUAUGCUACACAUCAUAUACCUGUCAGUAUUGCCUAGAAUCUAGAGCGUUGAUUUUCGAUUGUAUUUUUUCUUGUUUUGUGUUCAAGCUUUUCAACUAUAGAUGACAAACUGCUUUAAAAUGGUUUCAUGUAAAACCUGUACUCCUCAUAUAGCGGUUGUAUUACACUUACGCAGGAUGGAAGGCUAUGAAGCCAUGAUUGUAUUGUUUCUCCAUGCAUGCAUGACAGCAUAUUGAAAUAUAUUGUUUCGUUUGUGUUUAUAGACAAUCAGCUUGCAGUAUAACACAGUGCAGUUCAUUUCAGUUCAUUGCUAAACUAAAUAUGUUUAUUUAAUGUGUACUGCGUGACAAAGGGGGAUAGAAUGAUUGACUGACUGACAGAUCACAUUUUUUGACAUAAUUAAAGGAAUAACAUUUGAUUGAAUGUGGAAUACCACGCUGCAAUCAAACCUAUAUUAAAGAUCAGCUGUACUGUAGAACCUGCCUGUAUAUAGUAAUAUGCACCUUUACUGGCUAAAAUAAUAGAGAAUGUAAUUAAAAAUAGAAAAUUCCUAGUCUGCAAUGUAUGCGGUCACUUGACAUGUCAUGUGAUCCAAAAGGCCUACUAUAUAUAAGCUAUGUGAGUGGUGUGCAACUAUUCAGCAACAAUCAUGGGAAAAUAUAUCACUGACUUCACAGUCUGUGCCUGUGGAACUGGCAUUAGUUGCAUUGACCAAUUUGUCCAUCAAGACAGACUUCCUGGUGUUUCUGGAAUGGCAACAUCUGCAGAAAGCCUAGCGGGUCAAGACAGAUCAAAUCUGCAGACAUAUGAAAUGUAUUGUGACAUGCAACAGAAAAGUGCAAACCACAAACACCUUUAACACUGGACAAGACUUACCUGUUUCCACUCCAGCAAUGCACCAAGUUGCCCUAACUGCUAUUAAGUUAAUUUUCAUUUUUCUUUUUAGCUAGUCAGUGUAUGUUAUGCAACAGUGGACGUAACUGUUCAAGGACUGUCCCUAGACAUUAACCCACAUACUAAAACUUACACACAAUUUGAGAUUUUACAGCACUGGUAAAUCCUCUUGGAUAUUGCAUCAACCACUUAUUCCAGGUAAUUCCAGGAUACCCAUGCUGCAUGGGUGGUUGUUACAGUCUUGGUUGAUUACCCCGUGCUUUGUGGAUGAACGGUGGGGUUUUUCAGGUUGGGACUGAUGGGAAUUUCCUUGGAGUGGAAGCCUGAGCGAUGCCUAAAAGUAGCCAGUGCCUUUGCCAUUAUCAUGAGUGCUAAAUAAAGAUUUUAAAAACCGGGCUUACUUUGACAGAAUUUCAAAAUUGGGAAAAAAAGAAAAGUCACCAGUCAUUCUACUGUCUCACUGUUUGUGUUGCCAGGAUUUGAAGACUGAAUCAGAGCCUCUCUGUGCUAAGGAGUCAGGUUUCUCUUAUCAAGCUGUUUGUGUUCAGUAUUGUGUUCCAAGCAAGGGUGGCAGGUUUUCAGGGAAAGCCCCAUAGCUGUCUUUGCAAGAUGAUGCCUUUUUUAUUAUUUACUUUUAUUUUUAUUUACAGGAUGCUUCAGUGUCCACUUUUGUACCGUUUUUCUGCAUAAGAUAUUGUCCAAAAACGUAAAUAAAUGUGUGAUUUUUUUCAUUCCCUUAAAUGCUUUGAAAAUAUGAUUAAACAUGCUUUUCUUGUUAA